AUGGGAAAUUGCUGUAGUAGUUGCUUUCCUUCAGAAAGGAAGAAAGGAUACACCUUGGGCAGCUCCUCAGAUACUGCUUCGGGGAGCAAUAGACAGCCUUCAAGAGCCGCAAUUGCCGCUGCCGCUGAACAGAGAGCCCAACAGGCUGAAAACCGUGGCGUAAGGCCAGGCGGUGGUAAACUGAGCAAGCAACUUGAACAAGAGAGAAAGUCGGGUGGUAAAUCUGAUGAUACGCCUCCUGUCGCUAACUUGGAGUGGCGGGUGGAUUAA